AUGGGUGACGAAGAAGUUGCCGCGCUUGUGGUGGACAACGGAAGCGGAAUGUGCAAGGCCGGCUUUGCAGGUGAUGAUGCUCCACGAGCAGUUUUCCCAUCCAUUGUUGGCCGGCCAAAGAUGCCUGGAAUCAUGGUUGGCAUGGACCAGAAGGACAGCUAUGUAGGAGACGAGGCGCAGAGCAAGCGAGGUGUGCUGACCUUGAAGUAUCCCAUUGAGCACGGCAUCGUCACCAAUUGGGAUGACAUGGAGAAGAUUUGGCAUCACACCUUCUACAACGAGCUGCGUGUAGCUCCGGAAGAGCAUCCAGUCUUGCUGACUGAAGCUCCCUUGAACCCAAAGGCCAACCGUGAACGCAUGACUCAGAUCAUGUUCGAGACCUUCAACGUGCCUGCAAUGUAUGUUGCAAUCCAGGCUGUGCUGUCCUUGUAUGCAUCUGGCCGAACCACCGGAAUUGUGAUGGACAGUGGCGACGGUGUGAGCCACACCGUGCCCAUCUAUGAGGGCUAUGCUUUGCCUCAUGCCAUUCUGCGUUUGGACUUGGCUGGUCGUGACCUUACGGAGUACAUGAUGAAGAUCCUCACUGAGCGCGGCUACUCCUUCACCACCACCGCUGAGCGCGAGAUUGUUCGAGACGUCAAGGAGAAACUUUGCUACAUCGCCUUGGACUUCGACAGCGAGAUGAAGGCUGCAUCUGAGAGCAGUGACAAGGAGAAGACUUACGAAUUGCCUGAUGGCAACAUCAUCACCGUUGGAUCUGAGCGUUUCCGCUGCCCAGAAGUCCUGUUCCAGCCAAGCUUCGUGGGCAAGGAGGCCAGCGGCAUUCAUGACACCACCUUCCAAUCGAUUAUGAAGUGCGAUGUCGAUAUUCGAAAGGAUCUCUAUGCCAACGUGGUGCUUUCAGGUGGAACCACCAUGUUCCAGGGCAUUGGUGAGCGAAUGACCAAGGAGCUCACUGCUUUGGCACCGUCCACCAUGAAGAUCAAGGUGGUUGCUCCUCCUGAGCGCAAGUACAGUGUGUGGAUUGGUGGUUCUAUUCUGUCUUCUCUGAGCACUUUCCAACAAAUGUGGAUCUCCAAGGGCGAAUAUGAUGAGUCUGGCCCUACCAUCGUUCACCGCAAGUGCUUCUAAGCGCAUGCAGAUCGACGCACUAGAUGUGUCCAAAGGUAGGCAGUGUAGCUUCAGUGUCGUAGGGGUUUGCAAUGCAAGCCUCAUGUUCACAGUUGCACUGUGAGUUCCGUCGUGCAUUUGUGCACAUGGAUUCAAAUUCAUUCCUUCCCGGGGCAUAGGGCAGGCUGUGUUGCAGAGGGCUAGGCCUUCAGGUUCACACCUGCUCAAAUAGACAGAACAGUCUGAGUGAGGGCUCAGCGAGUCUC